GUGAGAGGUCGAGGACUUAACAAUGUCUUUCUUCAGAUUCUUGAUCACCCUUCUUGUGCUCUCCCUGCUCAGCCUUACCACUGAGGCUCAGAACGACCCAACUUACCUCUCCCAUUCCUGCGGCGACAACACCACCACUUUCAUCAGGAACAGCACUUACCAAACCAAUCUCAACCGCCUCCUUUCUGCCUUGUCCAACGCCACCGCCAUCAAUGGGUUCUCUAAUACCACCUCUGGGGAAAACCCCAACAGGAUCUACGGCCUCUUCCUCUGCCGCGGCGACGUUUCAACCACUACGUGUCAAAAUUGUGUCACGUUUGCCACCGGAGAUGUGAUUCAGCGUUGCCCUGUUGAAAAAGAUGUUGUGAUUUGGUACGACGAGUGCCUGCUCCGCUACUCCAACAAAUCAAUUUUCUCCACUGUGAGUCAAUUGCCAGCCGUAGCUUUGUUCAAUACUCAGAACGACACGGAUCAGGCCCGAUUCAACGAGGUAGUGGGGACGGCGAUGAACGCUGCGGCGGCUCAGGCUGUAUUAGUGGCUAAAAGGUUUGCUACAAAGGAGGCCAAUAUUUCUGUGUUUCAGACCCUCUACAGUAUGGUCCAGUGCACGCCGGACCUGUCAAAUUCGGACUGUAAUAUGUGUCUCCGAGGAGCCAUAGGGCAGCUUCCUAAUUGUUGUAGUGGAAAAGUAGGCGCAAGAGUAUUGAGCCCUAGUUGUUAUGUCAGGUAUGAAGUUUACCCUUUUUAUAACGUAUCUGCAGAUGCAGCUCCGCCGUCACCACCACCGUUGCUUCCUCCUUCAGGUUCAGGGAUCAACCCCAAAGGAAAAGGCCGAAAAUCAUGGGUGAUAAUUGUUGCCAUUGUUGUCCCGGCUGGCAUCUCUAUUCUGCUUUUCAUUGCAGGUUAUUGCUUGCUAACAAGGAGAGGAAGGAAGAAGUACGAUAUUGUGCAUGGAGAUAAUGCUGUGACUGAUAUUACUACCACCGCAGAGUCACUGCAGUAUGAUCUCAACUCAAUUGAAGCUGCAACAAACAACUUUGCAGAGAGUAAUAGACUAGGUGAAGGUGGAUUUGGGGUGGUUUACAAGGGUAGAUUUCCUAACGGACAAGAAGUAGCUGUGAAGAGGUUGUCGAGGAGUUCUGGACAAGGAGCUGAAGAAUUCAAGAAUGAGGCUGUCUUGGUGGCUAAGCUUCAGCACAGAAACCUAGUGAGGUUAUUGGGAUUUUGUGUUGAAGGAGAAGAGAAGAUACUUGUCUACGAAUUUGUGCCCAACAAGAGCCUUGACUAUUUUCUAUUUGAUCAUGAUAGACGAGGAUUGUUGGAUUGGUCAAGACGUUACAAGAUAAUAGGAGGCACUGCUCAAGGAAUUCUUUAUCUUCACGAAGAUUCUCGGCUUAGAAUCAUACAUCGGGAUCUCAAAACUAGCAAUGUAUUGCUAGAUGGUGACAUGAAUCCAAAAAUUUCAGAUUUUGGAAUGGCAAGGAUUUUUGGAGUUGAUCAAACUCAAGGAAGCACCGACAGAAUUGUUGGAACCUAUGGCUACAUGUCUCCAGAAUAUGCAAUGCAUGGACAGUUCUCUGUGAAAUCAGAUGUGUAUAGUUUUGGUGUUUUAGUUCUAGAGAUUUUAAGUGGCAAGAAGAAUAGUAGCUUUUAUCAAAGAGAAGGAACUGGAGACCUAAUGAGCUAUGCCUGGAAACUUUGGAAGGAUGGGAGACCACUGGAGCUGUUGGACCCAAUUCUGGGAGAUUCUUAUGCAAGAAAUGAAGUCAUUAGGUGCAUCCAAAUUGGGUUGCUAUGUGUUCAGGAAGAUCCUGCAGAGAGGCCAACAAUGGCAACUAUUGUUCUCAUGCUCAACAGUUACUCAGUCACAGUUCCUCUACCAAACGAGCCUGCUUUUUUCCUCCAUAGCAGAACAGAGCCGGUAAAGUUGUUGGAAUCUGAUCAAUCUACAAGUGUGUUGGAGUCUGAUCAAUCUAAGAGUCAGUCGAUGCAAUACUCAACAAAUGAAGUUUCAAUCACUGAAUUAGACCCUCGUUAAAAUUUUGCCCCCUGCAACUUAUUUAUCCCUCUGCAUUUUUUUCUUUUUUUAAAAACAAACUGUACAAUUGUUGGGGAGGGGAUUUGAAACAUAGACCUUGAGCUAGGACUGGUACUGGGAGAGAUACUCUCAGCCAUCUGUUAAUGUAAAGCAGACCUCUACCAUUUGAUUAGCAGCAGAAGCAGAUGUAGCCUGAUGUUUACUAUUACUAGGUUGUGUUUGAAACAGUGUAUUUAAAUUAGGUCGCAUUUGGGAAUGUGUGUUUGAAUUUGAGGGGUGUAUUUGAAAAUGCAAAUAAUUUAAAAAAUAAAAAAUUGUUAUACAA